UCGUGAAAAAAACUUCGUAGUGUUCAGACUUGACGUUCCUCUGCCCAAGGAAAAAACUGUCGCGCUAAGAAAAAUCUAUGAAAAAAUUCAGAUAGAGUGUUAUAUUCAUUCCAAGUGUUAUAAUAAUUUGUUGGCAUUUCUGUUUUGCGUGUGAAUAAAAUUAGAAAAUUAAUAAAAUGGCUGGAGGUAAAGCAGGUAAAGAUUCUGGUAAAGCAAAGGCGAAGGCAGUAUCCCGUUCUGCACGGGCGGGACUUCAGUUCCCUGUUGGUCGUAUACAUCGCCAUCUGAAAAGUCGCACUACGUCGCAUGGUCGCGUUGGUGCAACGGCCGCCGUCUAUUCAGCUGCAAUUCUGGAGUACUUGACCGCAGAAGUUUUGGAGUUGGCAGGUAACGCCUCAAAGGAUCUUAAAGUCAAACGUAUCACGCCGCGUCAUUUGCAGUUGGCCAUUCGUGGUGACGAGGAAUUGGAUAGUCUGAUUAAAGCCACCAUUGCUGGUGGUGGUGUCAUUCCACAUAUUCAUAAAUCAUUGAUUGGCAAAAAGGAGGACAACGUUCAAGACCCGCAGAGAAAAAAUACUGUAAUUCUCUCCCAAGGGUAUUAAUUUUUAUUUUAAUAAUAACGUUUACUUCUUUUUUAACAACUUAUGAUAAUUUUCGUAUUGUUAUACAAGUAAUAUUAAUUAUCAUAUAAUUUUUUCUUAAAUGAAAAGCCUAACUUUAAAACAAUAUUUUACACGCAAAAUAAGAAAUUGAUGAAAGCAUAAAAUAAAUAAAAUGUAAAAUUGUCGAAAUUUAGAGAAGACCAAAUACAUAGUUUAAUUAAUACAAA